CAUCAACAGAUCGCAUAGUCAGACACAGGCAGCUUGCUAGCGCAGGGCCUGACCAUGGCCAGCCUCGUGUCCCAGCCGCGCCACAGCAUCCAGACGUACUGGGCGCGGAGGAACUACCAGCGCCUGGGCUCGCCGUCGCGGCGCCUCAGGGUGGCCCGCCUGGGCGCGGGCGGCAGCAGCAGGGCGGCGUCGACGCAGCCGGCGCCGGCGGCGGGCCCCGCCUCCGCGCGCUCGUCGUCGUGGAAGGCCAGGGCGUCGCGUGCGGCGCGGGUCCGCGCCGCGGUCGUGCUGGCGGCGCCAGCGCUCCUGCUCGCGCGGCUCCGGGACGCGUACGUGGACGCGAUGGUGGCGCUGGGCGGGGGCGCCGUGCGGCCGUGCGCGGCGCUGGCCAGGUCGCGGAGCGGCGCGGAGGCCGGUCUGUGGGCGAAGCGGGUGCCGCGGGCGCGCGGCCAGCCCGGGCAGCGGAGCGGCGGCGCGCGGGGCGGCGACUUCGAGCGCCGGAUGAUGGCGCACAUAUACAGCAUGGUCGUCACGCCAGAGCUGCCCUGCGCUGCCAGGGCCUGAUGGAUGGAUCGGGUGAGCCGGAAGCACGCCGUCCCAGUAUCCGGUAGCUACUGACGUCGUGUACGAGCUAGUUGCCAUGCCUUAGGACCAGCAGGCACCAUAUGAAUAGCAGCGGAUCUUAGAACAUCCAGAAGACCCGGUCCAAAAUCCGGGAGAGCCACAGGCUGAGCAGCAAGAAGACAAGCUCCGGAGCAUAACCACUAAUUUAAAAUUAUGUACUGUUCUUAAUUAAGUAUUUAUGCAUUAAGUUUCUAGGAGUUGAAUAAAAUCAUAGAUGCAUGUUCUCUAGGUUCCUUUGGGCUAUAGUAGUAUGUAUAGGUUGCUAUCUUUGCCAUGCUUAAUUAAGAUCGGUAGAAGUCGAGUGAUUGUCUGUCACUCGCGAGCUAUAGGAUCUCUCAUUAUGGGUAACUUAUUUAUGCAAUUGUUUCACAUGGAAAGAUUGGGACCGGACGAGGAUGAGAAUGGUCUAUGUGAUAUUGGUAGGGAUAUGUAGUCCCGUCUGUGUCAGUUAAGGUCCGUUCAUUGUUGGUCCUGUUUGAUCAAGUUUGAACAGUACUAAUCAUAUGUCGGCAGUAGGAGGUAGUCGAACCCGAUAAGCGUAGUACCUCGGUCACUCUGGUAUUUGAGUUGAUACCUGCUUCUCCAGUCGAGUGCUAGUCAUUAACUUAUGGCUGACCCGUCGUAGGUAUCGGUGGGGACUAGCUACUUGCGGGUCGAGGGGCGGCAUAAAAUAACAGUUGAUGUGUGUGACUCCACGGGUUGCAUUCAACGUGUUGUUAGGUUUUUCCCUUGCAAGGAUGUAAAACGAAUCGAUUCGCCGUACCUCUCGGAUAAGAGAACCUUGAUCGCUGAGUCACAUCAUAUAAAAGAAUUAAAAUAAAUAUUAUUUAUUGUUGUUAUUAACUGUUACUACUAUCUAAUUAAUUGU